AUGGACCCAAGAGCUUCCCUCUCCAUUCUGCUGCUGUUGGUUGGCAUUUCCUUGGCAAACCCUGUCAGGAAGCCUGGCCCUCCUGCAUUUCUACCCACACCUGAAAAAGUGGACAUCACUACAAAGUUUCUGGAGACCAACAAGGGAUCUUCUGAACACCUGAUGGAAGGAGAUCUGGUGUUUCCUAAAACCAAAAAUGCUCUCUACUGCCUCAACAACAACUGUUUCUGGAAGAAAAACUCUAGCAAUCUAGUGGAGGUCCCUUACAUAGUGAGCAGUGAAUACUCUUCUACUGACAUCUCAGUUAUUCAGAAUGCCAUGUCUACCUUUCACAACAAGACUUGCAUUCGCUUUGUACCCAGAUUAAAUCAAACUGACUACAUCAGUAUUGAGAAUAAAGAUGGGUGCUACUCUUAUCUUGGUAGAAUUGGUGGUAAACAGGUGGUAUCCCUCAAAAGGACCGGUUGUGUGUAUCACGGCAUCAUUCAGCAUGAGCUCAAUCAUGCUCUGGGCUUCUACCACGAACACACCAGGAGCGAUCGUGACAAGUACGUUAAGAUCAACUGGGAGUACAUCCCAACUGAUAAGGCCAGCAACUUCCAAAUACGGGACACCAACAAUCAAAACACCGCAUAUGACUACAGUUCUGUCAUGCACUAUGGAAGAACAGCCUUCACCACUCAAGCUGGGAAGUACACCAUCACUCCCAUUCCUGAUGCAACAGUGGUAAUAGGACAGAGGCAGGAUAUGUCUAACCUCGACAUCCUGAGGAUCAACAAGCUUUAUGGAUGUGUUGUUUGA